AUGAACAAUAUACCUGAUAGCCAGGGGGAUGAGUCGGCUUAUCAAGAUGCUAGCUACUAUGGCACCAUCGAUAGUUCGUUAGCUGACGCUGAUGCGGAUUAUUCAGCCGCGGACAUUGAGCAGAGGUCACCUCUUCGCGAACAGGACCGUUUCUUACCGAUCGCAAAUGUAUCCAAAAUAAUGAAGAGAGCGAUUCCUUCAAACGGAAAGGUAGCUAAGGAUGCGAAGGAAUGUGUUCAGGAAUGCGUAUCAGAAUUUAUUAGCUUCAUCACGAGCGAAGCCGCAGAGCGCUGCCAAAAUGAGAAGCGAAAAACCAUCAAUGGGGAAGAUCUCCUUUGGGCCAUGAAUGCUUUGGGUUUUGAGAACUAUGUGGAGCCACUGAAGACUUUUCUGGUAAAAUAUCGCGAUGUAAGCUCUUGCUGA